CAAAAACAAGAAGGUAAAAAUGUUACCCUUUGCUCAAGAGAACAAUGCCUCGGUACUGAAAGAAAAAUGUAAUAAAACAUUAGACAACUUUUUUGUUUAAAUUUAAUAUUUAAACAAAUAAACCGCCCUUCCCUUUGAACUUGAAUCUCAAUCAUGAAAUGUUUUGUUUCACCUCCCACCCCCCCCCCUUUUUUUUUUUUCGUCCGUUAGAAUUUGUUAUGCUAACCUAACGGCACGGCUAAGCCUAAUUCACACUAAGUGAAGUCUAAGGCAGGCAGUUCAUUUCCCUCAAGCUCAACUGAAUGGAGAAGGAAAAUAGCUACAAAUAUAAAAUUCGAGAGGUGAAAUAAACACUCACAGGGACUCCAAGACCAAGGGAGUCUGUUUUUAUAAUUUAUUGAUAUUAAUUUUAGUGCUUAAACUCAAACAGAACAGUUACUAUUUUACUUUGACUAUUCAAGUUCUAGACUCAAUUUAAAAAAAGAUAAAUAUUAAGCCCCACACAUCUAGGAUUGACAGUUUUGUUUUUCAUAAGUGUGGAAGAUUACAAAAUAUGAUAAUUAAAAAAUAUAUUAAUAAAAAAAAAAUCAAUUUACUUUUAUAUUUUAAGCUUAAAUUAAAUGAAAAUAUCAAGGGAAAAAAUGCAAAGCUAAUGGGGUAAAAUUAAAAUUUAGGUACUCCUCAGAACGGCAGUCGCAAAUUAAAAAUAAAAUCGUUUUCAUUAGAAAGUGUCCGGCUGCCAGCCUAAUAGCCGCCUAUAUUUGGUUACAUACUUUUUACUGCAAAUUUUGUUUGCAAACUAAUUAUUGCUUGUAAUAAUAUAAAAUAAACAAUGCCAUGGCUGGCAGACCGCAACCGCAUGUUCAUAUUUCAAAUAAUGUUUUGUCAGGAAACAUUCUUCAAACUUAUAACAACGUAGAAGCAGGGUUUCUUGCAGCUAUAUCUCUGCCCCCCCAUGCCCCCCCCCCCCCCCGAAAAAUCUGAAGUGCCCCACCCCCCAGGGGGAAAAUUUCUGAAAGAAACACAGCGUAGAAGGCACUGUAUGCUUUGCUUAGUGUAGCUUGCUGAACAUCGUAAAAAUACAAAACAGCAAUUCAACAGAGAUAACUUUUGUUUAUUUCUUGCAUUUUCUUUCUUUUUCUUCUUUUUUUAAAAAAAAUCUUUUUUUUUAAAAAUAUGAUGAUGAUGAUGUUGAUAAAGAUCAGGAUUUAAAAAAAAAAAGAAUACAUUUAAAUAGAACAUUAGACAUACACAAAUAUGUCACCAAUUGUGUAACCUUGACCUUAGAAACUCUAACUUUCAUCAAAAUAAUAAAAACAUAUCUACAUAUACCACCAUAUGGGGAUCCAAAAUGUAAGACCUGUUUAAUUAUAUUAUCAGACUAUAAAUUUAUCAAUAUUUUAAUUGUUUAUUUAUAAUUGCAGCCAAACAAAGUCAUGAUCAUAUCCUUCACAUACAAUAUGGAAGAUAUUAUGUAUCUAAUGAAUAAGUUAAUGGAUUUAAACAAGUAAUGAAUCCAUUAUUUAAUGGUAAGUAAAAUCACCAUUAAGUUGAUCAUUUUAUACUAAUCAUACCAUCUAUCUACUUUCUGAAUGGUCCACUUGAUUGCAAAAUUAAGGUAUGCGAAUCAGAAGCAUGCCAUUUUAAUUAUCAAACAAUCUUUUUUAAAAAAUUUGUACCAGUAAUAAACAAAAAAAAACUAUUGUUGUUGAAUCAACAGAUUCCCAUUAUCUUCAAGAACUGUCAUCAUGCCUUAUUCAGAACUUAGCUCAUUUGAUAGAGACUAGGCCUAGAGACCCCAUAGAAUUUUUAGCCCUGUCAUUGAAGCACCACAGGGUAAGAAUUAAAAUAAUAUUAUAUACCUGUCUUUGUCUUCAAAGUGUUUGUUUUUUAAAUAUUUGUAAUUUUUUUGCGGCAAAAAUAAGUGAAAUCAUUUGUUUUUGGAUGUCAUGAAGACUGAUUUUAGUGCUUGGGGAAAUUUUAAAUUGUCAUUAAAAAAGGUGAUGUAAUCUAGCACUCAUAAAAUUUUAGACUAGAAAGAAAAUUAAAUACAUAUUCUAUUGCCAAUAUAAUUCAACAAAUGAAAUAAAUAGGAGAAAAAGAAAUGUGUCUUAAGUUAACAUCUGACAUAAGACCAAUUUAUUUGCUCCAACAGAGAAUCCAUCCUAGAUUAGUCCACACUGGACAACCUACUGAUGACAAAACUGAAAAGAGUAAGAUUACUUCCCUUGCUAUAGUUUUGGAUGAGGUCUCCUGCCAACUGAGCAUAAUUUCAUCAAAAGUGACAGAAAACAAACAGGCCAAAACAAUGCUCCUCACCAACACCAAUGAAAAUGACUUGAUUGAUGAAGACAAUAUUGACUUGAAACACAAACUAUUUGUCCAUGGAGAGUUUCUAACAGACUCUGCUAUGGUGGCAGAUUUGUUUGAUGAUGAUGAUAUUUCUUGAGUCAGUGCGACAGUAAUUAAUAUUUAGCUGCUGUUUUAGUUUAUUUUGCUGGCUGUUUAAAUUAUAAACAUAAAAAGAACAGCUCAAGCCUCAAAUCUGAGAGGCAAUUAUGAAACGCAUUAAACAUAUUUGCAUGAUAAAUUUAUGAAAUUUAAUUUAUACAAGUGCACGAUAAUAUUGUAUUAUACAGCCUGUUUAUCCCAAAGGUCAGGAAGGCUUCUGUAGCCAUUUGGAUUUGCUGGCAGCCCCAGAUGGUCAGCAUUCACACCCUGUGUCUCAAUAAACUCCUUGUCCAGCCACUUAAAUUGUAAAUGUGAGGUUUUAUUAGUUGAUGUUAUUCAUAGUUAAUUUAUUAUAUGUAUAAAGUGAUAUAAUAAAGUAUGUGUAUUUCAUUUAUUUAAGCAUGAGAACCUUUAAUCAUGAGUAAUUAUGUUUAGCUUUGUGUGUGGAAAUGUUUAACUUGUAUUUAGGCUUUCUCCUUUAUUAUAUGUAACAUGAGAAUUGUAUUUAUGAAUUUUAUGUUUGUCUUUUUUAAUACAGGUGGAUUUUAUUGGCAGAAAUGGUUAUUUAAAAAAAAAUUAAUAUUCAUUAUUUUCACUUGAAUUUUUAAUUCUACUACAAUAAAAAGAUAAGUUAGCAUAUAUUGAUUUACAAAUUUCUUGUAGUAGACUUUAAAAAAAAUAUAUUAAUGUUUAGGCUAUAUAUUUAAGAGAAGUCUAGUAAAAAAUCAGCUAUCAUCAGGUUUGAAAUUUAUGUACUAAAAAAAAACCAUGCCUUUGUGAAUGUAUUAAAAUUACUCAUUUAUUGAAAAGCUAAAUUGUUUUAAAUACCAAUUAGAUUGACAAGUUAUAUGGGGAGAAAAAAAAAGAUAUUGUUAAAACUGCUAAAAAGCAAUCACAAUAAAGUGUUGCUUUACCUUGUCAGCAAAUAUUCUAAAUUUGAAGUCCAUUUGUAUUUUAAAAACUUGUGCUACAUAUUUUAAAUCUCUGUCAGUUUGCUUCUGUACAUAAUUUUAUUGUAACCUUAUUAUUAAAUCAUUGUAUAAAAAAUAAUUAAAAAGGUUCGACCUUAUUUUAAUGAAAAAAUAGAGGUAAUGUUUAGGCCUAAAAUUAAUUAUUAUCUUGAAAAGUCCUUUUGUCUAUUAUAAGUUCAGCUCCAUCACCUUCAUGUCCUACCUCAAAAUUUCUAAUGCAAUAUGUCUGGAUUGGAUGAGUAAGAAAUGAUUAGAGAGAAUUUUCAUGUUCACUUGAACGAAUGCAAGGAACCCAGAAAUAUUGAGGGUAUUUCAGAAAAGUAAAUAGAAUACCAAGUGCAAUGAAGCGGCAAGGAUUUAGUCUGUGUUCAAUAUUUACAUUUUAAAAACUUGAGUACAUGUUGGAUAAAUGGAUGGAUAGAUGUGUU